GAGAAGCGAAAGAUAAGGAGAGACCGUAACAGUACAGCCGCUAACAACCACCAUUACUACAAUCAUCACAACUUCUAUGACUUCUACCGUCAUUUCCCUCUCUCCUCUCUCUCUCUCUCAUAUAAGCAAGACUUGAUGCACAUAUACACACACGCAAAGGAAUCGAUGAUGGGGGGAAGGAGUGGGAGAUGGGAUGGAGUGAUAGGUGAUGUAUGCUUGCUGUCACCACUACUCUCUUCGAGUAUAAGCCGAGGAGAGUAA